AUGUCGACUCAGGCAAAACUCUCGGCGGAGUUGACCCUCCCAGCCCGCUUCAGCUUCUUCUCUUCGAAGACGCAGCAGACUGUCGUUUCGUCUUCUUGGGAUGGUCUCUUCCCCAAUGGCAAUUCAGAUGAGAUCAUUCAAGAGAAAUUGAAAGCUAGACCCGAGCCUUCGCGCCCAGUGUGGUGGUUCGAUAUCCGCGACGCAACGACAGAAGACAUCGACCUCGUCUCGCAGGAACUAUCUAUCCAUCCACUCACGUCGGAGGAUAUCAAGCUUCGAGAGUCUCGGGAGAAGGUCGAUAUCUUCAAGAACUACUAUCUGAUAUCGUUCGAGACUCUCGUCGAGCGUGCGGGUCCUAUUGAAAAUGACAGACCUGGUAUUCCUUCUUCGGAGUCGGUGUAUAUGCUCAUCUUUCAGUACGGGGUCAUCACCUUCUCGCCGAGCGGAUGCAACCAUGUUUCCCGAGUACGCAACCGUAUUCGGAAGAUGCACGAUGCUGAGCUGACUAGUGACUGGAUCUGCUAUGCUCUCAUCGACGACAUUAUCGACAGUUUCCAACCCUUUGGCCAUGCCGCCGCUGCCGAAUCCGACGCAAUCGAAGACCAAGUCUUUAUCGCCCGCAUCGACGACGUCCAACAGCUCAUUCCGAGAAUCGACGCGCUCCGCAAAAGAAUCACCCACGUAGUGCGCUGUCUAAACGGAAAAGUCGACGUGUUGACCGCGUUCGUCAAGCGCUGCCAUGCCGCUGAUAAGGAUCUCCCGGUCUUCCCGAAUGGAGAACUCAUCCUGUACCUCGGUGACGUGCAAGAUCAUCUUGUCACAACGCUUUUGACUCUAUCUCACACCGAUGAGAUUAUCGGGCGGGCGCAGGGAAAUUGUCUUGCGCAAUUAAGCGCUACGAACUUGCGUAUUAGUUUGGCUGUUACUGCAUUCAUGGGCAAGGUUACACUCAUGGCGACAAUCUUUGUGCCAUGUCAUUUUGUCACUGGUUUAUUCGGAAUGAAUGUGGUUGUUCCGGGGCAGAGCGCUGCUGGCUUGACAUGGUUCUUUGGCAUUGUGGGGUCUUUUGUGGGGUUUAUGGUGAUUUGUAUUGCUGUUUCAGUCAAAUAUAAGCUUCUAUAG